AUGAAGUGUUUAUACAUCAACUCUUCUUUCCUUUUCAUUCCCCUUGGCCUAUUUCCUUCCUUCCUUCCUUCUUUUCCUUCCUUCCUUUUUCCUUCUCUCUUUCUUGCUCACUGCUUUCUCUCUUCGUUCGUUCAUUCGUUCGUACCUUCUUUCCUGUCUUCUCUUUUCCUUCCUUCCUUCCUUCCUUCCUUCCUUCCUUCCUUCCUUCCUUCCUUUAAUCUCUCUCCCAUCCUUCCUAUCUCUCUUUCUUCCUCCCGUCUUUCUCUCUCGCUUCCUUCAUUCCUUCCUUCUUUCUUCCUUCCUUUCAUCUUUCGCCCUUCCUUCCUCCUUCCUUUCUCACUUUCUUUCUCCCUGCUUUCUCUCUCGCUUCCUUCCUUCCUUCCUUCCUUCCUUCCUUCCUUCCUUCCUUCCUUCCUUCCUUCUCUCUCCCUUUUUUCCUUCCUUCUUCCUUUCUCUCUUUCUUCCUCCCUGCUUUCUCUCUCGCUUCCUUCCUUCCUUCCUUCCUUCCUUCCUUCCUUCCUUCCUUCCUUCUCUCUCCUUUUCCCUUCCUUCUUCCUUUCUCUCUUUCUUCCUCCCUGCUUUCUCUCUCGCUUCCUUCCUUCUCUCUCCCUUUUUUCCUUACUUCUUCCUUUCUCUCUUUCUUCCUCCCUGCUUUCUCUCUCGCUUCCUUCCUUCCUUCCUUCCUUCCUUCCUUCCUUCCUUCCUUCCUUCCUUCCUUUUCCCUCUCUCUUCCUUUAUCUUUCACACUUCUCCCUACCCCCGAUAAAUCUUGUCUCCUCCAAAUUCCUUCACCUCACUUCAGUUUUCUUCUUUUUCUGCUUCUUUCUUCUCCUUCCACUGAGCCACAAUUUCUUUUGGAAUGGUCGAAGUCACAACACCUGA